CGUCACUGAAGAGUAAUAGUACUACAGUGACCAAGGGAGUGAACGCUGCUCCCCAGUCCUAUGUAAGCGGCCAAGUCGUUGUUGUCGUUGCUCUCAGUGCAUCAUCACCGACCUUAGUGGUCGCCUCACUUGGAUUUAUUUUGUGCAUCGAAGUCCACGUUCAGUGGCAACUGGAACAUAUUCACAAUGUUUAAAGUGUUUACGUCAGUGAAUAACUAUCUGAAUUCAAGCCCAGUCAUGGGCAUCCCACAAGAGAAAGUCAAACAAGUGGCCAUGGCCGUUCGCGAAGCAGCAGCGCGCGAACACCACAACAAUAAUCUCAACAGUAACAUGGACUCAAACCAGCCAGCCCGUAACAACAACAACAACCAACACGGUCACCACCACCAUCUCCACCACCAUCAUUCCCAGCUGCCCUUCGAUCGCCAGUACAAAGUUUUCGUGGAUCAGAUCUUGGGCGAAGGGGGUUUUGGCCGUGUGUAUGCGGGCGUCCGUAUCAGGGACAACCUCCCUGUGGCCAUUAAGCAAGUGUCCAAAUACAGAGUGCCUGCUUGGGGAACGUUGAAAGGUCAGCGAGUUCCCCUGGAAAUCUGCCUCCUCAAGAAGGCCUCCCACAUUCCUGGUGUCAUCAAGCUAAUUGCUUGGUUCCAGCUCUCAGAUUGCUUCAUCAUCGUCAUGGAGCGACCUGAAUCAGUGAAGGAUCUUUUCGACUACAUCACCGAGAGGAAGUACUUACCCGAGCCUGAAGCUCGGUACCUUUUCCGUCAAGUAGUCGACGUCGUCAGACAGUGCCACGCAGCUGGUGUCAUUCAUCGUGACAUCAAGGAUGAGAAUCUCCUUGUUACCACAGACAGACAGGGCAGGAAGGUCCUCAAGCUCAUCGACUUUGGUUCGGGAGCGUUCUUGGAGGACCACAUCUACACAGACUUUGAUGGUGGUACUAAGGUAUAUGCCCCACCUGAAUGGAUCCAGCACAACCAGUACCAAGCCAGUCCUGCCACAGUGUGGUCGUUGGGUAUCUUGUUAUACGACAUGGUGUGUGGCGACAUUCCCUUUGCCACAGACGAACAGAUCUUGGCGGCGAGAUUACACUUCAGAGUUCCCGUCUCAGAAGAGGUCCAAAGUCUCAUCCGUCUCUGCUUAAGGUACAGACCAGAGGAACGUCCAUCCCUUGAGCAGAUUUUACAGCAUCCUUGGUUAAGAGGACCUCGUGACUCUGGUGCCAACUUCAUCGGGGGAAUGGGCAUGGGUAUCAGCGGUUCCUUGGGCCCAAUGGGGCUCUCCCUAAACGAUUCCUUACUCGACAGUGACGCCUCUUCACUCGAUAAGCAUUCGACGGGGAGCGACGCGUCGCGCGAGUCGGAAGAGUUUUGACGUCCGGGAGCUGGGUAGGCCUCUUCCGGCCGGUGACGCCCCCAUGGGAAGUCAGCAGCCACGGAAGACCCAAUCCUUUAUAAACUCCGUUCCACAAGCCCUUCCUUCUUCUGUAGCUAGUGAAAUACGUGGAUUCUCGUCCGCCAGGUGCGGCGGCGGAGGCGCUGGCUCGCCCCCCCCCCCCCCCCCCCCCCCCCCCCCCCCCCCCCCCCCCCCCCCCCCCCCCCCCGAAAAAUCCCCCUCUCCCAACCUCGCAGCCCCGUGUCCGGUCGCCAUCGCCCUCCUGCAGUGAGCGGAGCAGCAGCAGCUUUUUGUUUUUUUCUCAUCUCGUCGGUUCACCUCUUCCCUCCUGCCGCAGUAGGGAGAUGCCCCGGGUCACGGUACCUUCAGGUCCCUCACACACUCCGUCGUGAGAAAGAAGGAAAGAAAAUGGACCUAGUCGGUGCUAUGUACCCCCAUUACUAAGGGACCCUGUGCCUGAUUAAAAAAUUAAAAUUAAAAAAAAAUAUAUGGCACGUUAAUCUCACCAAAGCCUCGGAAACGACCUUUUGGCCGGGUGUUGUCCAAAUCCGGCCUCGAAGGCGUUCUGUCUCAUGUAUAAUUAUUGUUUUUCUCUGAGAGAAAUUGUACAUAUUGUAAUUUAAAGUAUAUUUAUAGUAAGUUAUAUUGUACAUAUUGUAAUGAAUCUUGCUUUUUAAGAUUAAUUUAUAUCUGUCAGUUUCGACAGGGGAACCUCCCUUCAAUGCAAGUGGUGUUUUGUAUUACAAAAAGUUUAUACAGAAAGAUAUCCUUAUUUUUGUAAGAAAAUACCCUACAAAAUUCCCGUGAUUAAAAAUAAAAUGUUGAGAACUUA